AUGGGCGAUUUUUAGGGUGAAUAUAUUUAGUAGUUUCUUUGUAAUAUCAAUUUAAGAAAAAAGGUAAGGAUUAAUAAUUAAGAAUGUAUUUAGAUUAAAGAAAUACUUAAAGAGAAAACAGAAAUAAUCCAAAAACUAGAACAAUUAGAAGUAGAAAUAUAACAUAAAUUAAUUAGAAAGAGGGAGAAAAUUAGUCAUUUGAAGAAAGGAAAAAAAGAUUGAGAAGUCUUGCCAGUCAAAUUGAACGUAAUUUUUAAUGCCCAUUAUCAAAAUGUGGUAAGAAAUAUGGGUAAGAAUGAAUGAUAUUAUGUUUUAGAAGUGAAGGCUCAUUAAACUAACAUAUAAAACUUAAGCAUCCUGAAUUAGUCAAUAAGGCUUGA